CAAGAAGCGACGUUAUUCAGACGUCAUUGACGAUGUCCAUGCAGAUGCAGCAGCCUAUAUCACCUUUGGUAAAGCCGCUUUCUCUUGACAUGUUUAGAUCAUCCUACCCAACACCUUCUGACUCAACUGCCCUGAAUAGUCCCUCGAAUCCACUCACAUUAACAGGGCGAUCGACGGACGAAUUAAUCAGUGGGACGUCGAGCCAGGAAAGUGAAAAGAACCCAUUCCCCACUCCUGGGAUGGGCGACUCAGCCAUUCCCCUUGCGCAGCGUAACGCGUCCUCGUUCCAAAAUGGCACCAAUAUACAGCCGACUUUCAAUCUUCAGCUACAACAGCAACUACAGCAACCUCAACCAACCCCUCCUCUAUCAUCUCUACCAACCCCACCACCUUUACCAUAUCAUCAGCAACAGCUCCAGGCGCAGGUCCAAUCAUUGCAUCAGUCUAGUUUUUUCCCAAAGGGGUUGAGUACACUAUCGUCUUCGACGUCGUCGACUGCAGGUGCAGGAUCCUCUGGCUCUGCAGAUAUGACUGAAUUGCCUGAGGAAAUUGCUAUACGACGAGCUGAACAGAAUCGAGCAGCCCAGAGAGCGUUCCGUCAGCGCAAGCAAAAAUACAUUAAGUGGCUCGAGAGUAAAGCCGAAGAGCUGGAUGAGGUAUAUAGAAUCAUGGCUUUGGUACGUGCAGAGAACCAACAACUAUAUAACAUUGUUAUGGAGUUGGAUGAGAAGCUCAAUGGCAACAAGCGAAUAGAAUCAGGCACGGGCAUGGCAGGCGAUGGUCUUGAGGGGAGUCAGAGCAAUGAUCUGAAAAACCGAAAGAUCCACGGAAUUGAUGAGACUCUUAGUCGGGAAAUCUCCAUGCGACUCAUGAAUUUGGCAACAUUUCCCGGACUAGGAUUCAAUAGUGACCAGGAUGCAGUGAUGGGCAAAAUUAAAUACCAACCACGGUCGUCUUCAUUCAGCAAAGGCAGUGCAAAAGGAAAGAUGGCUUUCAAGAUGAGUCAACAAAUGAGACAGCAGGGAGCACUCCUGCAAGCAGCUCUUCAACCAAGCCAAUUACUUCACCAACAAAAACAAGAGCAACAGCAACAACAACAGCAACAACAACAGCAACAACAACAGCAACAGCAACAACAACAACGGCAGCAACAGCAACAACAGAACGGCAUGACUUGGAUGGCCAGCCAGCCACAGCCGGCGGCAAUAAUACCAAUGGGAUCUUCUUCAGCUUUUUUGCCAGAAUCUUCGUCGCACGUAGGCAAUCCAUCUCAAGUGGCAAGUGCAAUACCCUUGUUGGUUCCCUCCACACAGACAACUGCUGCCUUUUAUUCAUCUCCUCCUCCUGGGACUGGUUUAGUUUCUGAGAAACAGCAGCAGCAUCCAGUUCUUCCUAAUACAACCAACAGCUUUAUGGCUAUUUCAAACCAGGAUCCCAACAGCAACAAAGGGGCUCCACCUCUCCAUCCUGGAGCGACAACUGAAUCCAUGGCGAUGUCGGUUGACAACAACUUUGUAACUCAGUCAUUGGCACCCAAGCCCGUGCAGCGAAAUGGAUCUAAUAGAUUCCAUCAAUAUGCUGAGACCCCUCAUAAUGCAUUAAAUCUAGCCGCAACAGGAACUACCAUCAACACUACAGCACCAAGUGGAGAAAUAGCCCAUCCUCACUUCGGUUCGCCAUUGUCCUCAACUGCUUCUUCACCUGUUCAAACCGUGGCUGGCCUUCAUUCUCAUGCCCACCUCGGCCCCCUGCAGCAGGUGCACCAUCAUCCGUUUAAUAAUAUGCAACAACAACAACCGCAAGUUCUUCAACAGCAGGUUCAUGGGCAAUUGUCGAUACACCCAGUCGGACCCAUAUCAUUUUAUUAUCAACACGCGCAGAUCCCUAUUUCGAUGGCCACACAUAUACAGCAGCAAGCUAGCCAAUUUGCUUGGUUGGACGAUGAUGCUUCAGGUCUGGGACGCGGAAGGCGAUCAUCUAUGCCCACACUCCACCUCUCGAUGCCUUUAUAUGGAGAUGGUAGUGGUAGUAGCAGUAUCGUUGCCCCAAGCAGCACUCAUAGCAGUGACAUUAGUAGCAGUACUCAUAGCAGUGGUAUUAGCAACAGUACCGGUAGCAGGAGCAUCAGCGGCCAUGGGAGUGAUAGCGGUAGUCGAAGUGGCAGCAGCAGUGACAAUAAUAGUGUUUCUAGCGCUAAGGACCACAAUAGCAAUGGAAGCUCUUUUAAUCCAGCCUCGCCAGUUUCUGCUUUUAUCCCUAGCGGGAUCUCAAUGCAGAUUGAUAGUCAGGGGUAUAUGAAACAGUAACGACUUUAAUGACUAAGAAACAAUUAUGGCUUUAAGAAACAGUAAUGACUUUAAGAGACGAUAAAUACGACAACAAACAGCAGC